AAGCGUCUCGAACCCGUUCUCACUACACGGCGACGCUGAAACGUGACCCAACCUCAUGUCUCGAUUUCGGCCACCUCAGAUCGACGGACCAAUGGCGACUGAACCCUCUCGGCGGCGUGGUGCGAGCCGUGACCUCAGAUCAUCCAAUCGGCGACGGUACGACGUCGAGAAGCCGCUGCAACUCCGCUAGCUUUCUAGCAAUUUCCGGCGACUCCGGCAGCGGUGCAGCUUGCAUGUUGUAUGGAAGUUGGCCUACUCGUCAUGCUCCACACGUCUAUGCAAGUAGUGCUUGGAUUCGAUUAAGUUUUGGAGAAAUUGUAUUUUGGGUGCUUCGGAAUUUUACUGUGAUUACGGUUUCCGGCAGCAAUUCCGGACUUCUGACUCUUUUCCGGUAGCUAUAUAUCCUGGUCCCAGAACUCGGAAGGAUGAUAGGUCGAACCAGAUGGUUGGCCGAGCCGAGUUGAUGAUCUUGGGUAAGUUGUACAGUCGCGGUGCCGCUGUCGUACGUGGUGGUAGUUUCGAUCGAUCUUCAUUGGUUUUCUUAAUUUUGAUUUGUGCUGUGACUUGUGUGGUUGAAUUCGUUAAGUUUGGAAAUGAGAACAAAGGGAGAAGACACACGAAAGUGGCCAAAGUUUCAGAGUAUGGUCGAAGGUUCGGAGGAAGAUGAGUCAUGAGACCCUGCUUUCAGGGAGGUGAUUGAGGCAAUACGGUAAUAACCUUUAGAGCUAUCUGUCCAAGAAUCAAACGUACACAUAGCGCGGCUUCUGGGUUUGUCAUUCCUCCACCGAUCGAUUGUUCUCUCACCUCCGAGUUCUCAUUCAACUUCAACCGAUGUGUACAGUGCCUUCCUCUUCGAUUAGGCAGACCACGACUGAUUGGCGCCACAGUGCGUGAACAGUCCGUUUGGGGCGCACCAUACGCAGGGCGCAUGGCGCAUUCCAGAAAUUGCCUAAUUAAUUUAUUCCAAGCCAUUUUCUCAUAAACUGGGUCAACUAGCUAGGCAGAAAUUGUUUGUUUGUUUAUAAAUUAUUUUUUUGGCAAUUUUUCUAAGUGAAGAAACAAUGCUUGUUGGAUGCUUAUGUAAAAGCGUCAUCCCAUAUGUCACUAGUGGAUCACACUUUUCCACUGGGGUACAUGUUACUGGUUAUGAAGAAAAGGACACGAAAGCACUAGAUGUUUUGUGGAUACAUACGGCCGAGGAGAUAGUCAAGUCUUGACUGACAAGGAAGUCUUUCUAUCAUCGAAAAAACGGUCCAGCUAGAUAGAUAUCGAUGGAGACAGAGGAAGGAGCAAGGCAUUUUCUCCCUUCCAAACUCUCUCUCUCUCUCUCUCUCUCUCUCUCUCAACCUUGUUUCAUAGCUUAGCUAGCUUAGAUAUACAAGCGUCAAUUAUGGAAGUAACAUUGGCUAGUUGGGUAGCGCUGAGCCUUGUGUUUAUUAGCAUAAUAGUAAGAUGGGCAUGGAGUGUGCUGGAUUGGCUUUGGCUGAAGCCGAAGAAGCUAGAAAGAUGUUUGAGGGAGCAAGGCCUUCAGGGCAAUUCCUACAGGUUCUUUAAUGGAGACUUGAAGGAGAACUCUAUCCUGCUCAAACAUGCAAAAUCCAAACCCAUGAACCUCUCCACCUCCCAUGACAUAGCACCACGACUCAUCCCUUUUCUCGAUCAAACCGUAAAAACUUAUGGUAAGAACUCUUUUGUUUGGAUGGGCCCCGUACCAAAGGUGAACAUUAUGAAUCCUGAAGAUAUGAAAGAUGUCUUCACAAAACUUGAUGAUUUUCCGAAGCCUGUAUCAAACCCACUUUCCAGGUUGCUAGCAUCGGGUCUUGCAGGCUAUGAAGGUGAAAAAUGGGCUAAACACAGGGGGAUCAUCAACCCAUCAUUCCAUGUAGAGAAACUAAAGCAAAUGUUACCCGCCUUUCACAAAAGUUGUGAUGAGAUGAUUAAGGAAUGGGAAAGCUUGGCUUCCAAAGAAGGCUCGUCAUGUCUGUUGGAUGUUUGGCCAUCUCUACAACACUUGACGGCCGAUGUGAUUUCUCGAACAGCAUUUGGAAGUAGCUAUCAGGAAGGACGGAAAAUAUUUGAACUCCUCAAAGAGCAAGUAAUGCUUGUAGCAAAUGCCAUACAAAGUGUGUACAUACCAGGAUGGAGGUUUCUACCAACGAAGAUGAACAAGAGGAUGAAGAAAAUUGACAAAGAGGUAAAAGGUUUACUUAAGGGUAUAAUAAAUAAAAGAGAGAGGGCCAUUGGGGCAGGUGAAGCCUCUAAACAUGACUUAUUAGGUACACUUAUGGAGUCAAAAUUCAAGGACAUCCAAGGAGAUGGGAAGGUUGGGAUGAGUAUUGAAGAUGUAAUUGAGGAAUGUAAGCUGUUUUACUUUGCUGGGCAAGAGACUACUUCAGUAUUGCUGGUUUGGACAAUGAUAUUACUUGGUCAAAGUCAGAAUUGGCAAGAUCGAGCAAGACAAGAGGUUUUGCAAGUCUUUGGAAGCAACAAGCCAGACUUUGAUGGACUAUCUCAUCUAAAAGUAGUAACAAUGAUUUUACUUGAAGUUCUUCGAUUGUACCCUGCAUUGGUUGUGAUCUCUCGAAUCACCCGCAAGAAAACACGACUCGGGAAAUUCUCACUACCAGCUGGAGUCCAAGUCGCCUUACCAACACUGCUCAUUCACCGUGACAAGGAACUGUGGGGUGAUGAUGCAAACGAGUUCAAUCCUGAGAGAUUUUCGGAAGGAGUUUCCAAGGCAACAAAGGGCCAACUCUCAUUCUUCCCUUUUGGAGGCGGUCCCCGGAUUUGCAUCGGACAAAACUUUGCUAUGAUGGAAGCGAAGUUGGCCUUAUCAUUGAUCUUGCUACACUUUGACUUCAAGCUUUCUCCAUCUUAUGUUCAUGCGCCUUCCGCACCUAUGAUUCGACCACAAUAUGGAGCUCCUAUCAUUUUACAGAAACGUUAACGAGAUAUGUUAGGAAAAUGGCACCUAUAUAUGUAUGUACUUGUAAGUUGUAAGCAUGCUGCAUGAAGUUUUCUCAGAUAUAUGUUGCUUCAGUUGUCUCAUUUUUAUAUAUUUUUUAAAGUUUUAAAAAACGUUAGGCGCUAGUCGGGCGGUAGCCCAAAGGCUAGCGUCCUAGGCGUUUUUUUUUUUUAAAUAAAUAUAAAUGGAUUAAAUUGUUCA